AUGAAAACAAAGUUGCAUCUCUGUAUUCUGUGGAGUGUUCUGUCACUUGGCCUCCUCAGCUGUGCAGCAGACAUUUCUAAAUCUACCAAAGACAAAACGAGAGUUUUCAGAUUGGGUUCUCCAAAACUAAAACCAACCAAAGUUUUAACAACAAGCGGCAGAAAAUCCUCCUACAGGUCUCCUCUGCUGUCUCAGUCCAACUCCCUGAAGGCUGACCCGACUCUAGCACCUGCAACACCUAUAUCCUUGCGCUCCAGGGAGCCCAAGGCAAAGACCCGGUCGGAUUUUGCUUACCUUCCAGACGUUUCUGUCACUUGCUCCACGUCCGACUUUGUCACUCGAGUCAAACCGGUCUUCUACGGUCUGGGUGCGGCGGCAGAGGAGCUGAGACUGGGCAGCUCCUGUAGAAGUAAUGGGGUUCUCAGACCCACAGGCGACCUGCUGUUCGCGUACCCUCUGACAAAGUGCGAUGCUGUGCGUCAGGUAAGAUCUCCACACGUGAAAUUGUCUCUAGACUCCAUGCACCGGAUUGAGAGCACUGUUUUUGAUCCCCCUGAAAGUUACUCCCGGGCUACCUGGUCUACAAAUUCAUCCUCCACUAUGAACCUUCAUCAAAACGUUUCCCAAGCAGAGCUCACCCGAUCGAUGUCAACAUUGAAUGUCGUUAUCAAAGGUUAGGCCUAACUUUAUCAUAAUUCAAACAUCAAGAAUGUGUUAGUCAUUACAGAAAAUGAACUUUUCCAGGAACCAUCAUGUGUACCAGCUGA